CUUGCUAACAGAGACUAGUUGGCUUGGCUGUCCAGGGAUGGGCCAAGCGAGACUACUGUUCAGUACGUGUUAGUCGGUCAUUUGUGUUGGCGAAUGGUUGCGGUCACUGUUAAAUAUGGGAUGGUUGUGUCAGACGCUUAUUUUCAUGGCAGUAUGGUGCUUCGUGGUGCAUAAUGGCUUCACCACCCCAGUCACAGAUAACAUACUUAUUACAACACCGCCCACCGCAAAACCGCCAUCAAAACAUGAAGACUCAAACUGUGGAUAUGAGUCUUGCACCAAGGCAAAACCUGGUAAGCUGAAUGUACAUUUGGUGCCCCAUACUCAUAAUGAUGUUGGCUGGCUCAAGACUGUGGAUCAGUAUUAUUAUGGCAGUAAAUCCAGCAUUCAGAAGGCUGGAGUGCAGUACAUAAUAGAUUCAGUGCUGACAGAACUUCAUCAUGACCCAGAGAAAAGGUUCAUUUAUGUGGAGACAGCAUUCUGGUGGAAAUGGUGGAUGAAUCAGCAUGACACUAUCCGCCACCAAGUCAAGAAAUUGGUCAACAAUGGUCAGCUUGAGUUCAUUAGUGGGGGCUGGAGCAUGAAUGAUGAAGCUGUCACUAAUUACCAAUCCAUAAUUGAUCAACUCACUUGGGGUUUCAGGAAACUGAAUGAUACUUUUGGGAAAUGUGGACAGCCACACAUUGGUUGGCAGAUUGAUCCAUUUGGUCAUUCCCGUGAAAUGGCUUCCAUCUUUGCCAGAAUGGGUUUUGAUGGCCUAUUUCUUGGUCGCUUGGAUUAUCAAGACAAAAUGGCCCGCUUUCUAACAAAGACUGCAGAAAUGGUCUGGCAAGGGAGCGAAAAUUUGGGUAAAGCUGCACAGUUGUUUACAAGUGUCCUGUACAACAAUUACGCUCCACCUCCUGGAUUUUGUUUUGAUGUCCUGUGUGAUGAUGAGCCAUUCAUUGAUGAUAAACACAGUCCAGACUACAAUGUGGACACACUGGUGCAGAAAUUCAUAGCUUAUGCAGAAAAGCAGGCUGGAAAUUACUCGACAAACAACAUCAUUAUGACCAUGGGUGAAGAUUUCUUUUACCAGGAUGCCAAUAUGUGGUUCAAAAACUUGGACAAACUCAUUCGGUAUGUAAAUGCUCAGCAGUCAAAUAACAGCACUGUGAAUGUGUUUUACUCAACACCAUCAUGCUAUGUCAAGGCAGUUCAUGACGUUGGCCAAACCUGGACAACCAAGCAAGAUGAUUUUUUCCCUUAUGCAAGUGAUCCUCACACAUACUGGACAGGGUUCUACACAUCACGGCCAACACUUAAACGCUUCGAAAGAGUGGGCAACAACUUCCUACAGAUUUGCAAGCAGCUGUACUCGUUGACAGAUCUAGGACCUGAAGAUUCGGUGGACCUCAACAAAAUGCGAGAGGCAAUGGGCAUCAUGCAACAUCAUGAUGCUGUCACAGGCACUGAGCGUCAGAAAGUGGCAUCUGAUUAUGCUCGUGUCUUGUUUGAAGGUUUUGAGGAAUGUGGCAUCAUUGCACAGGCAGCCAUCAACAAACUUAUUGCAAAUAAGAAGCAGUCUGAGGUUUCCAGAGUGGAUGCUGUCCCCAUAAAAUCAUGCUUGUUAUUGAACAUCAGUCAGUGUGACAUUUUGGACUACUCCAAUCAGUUUGUAGUGACUGUGUACAAUCCACUAAGUCACCGCGUCUCACAUUAUGUGCGUGUUCCUGUGUCGGGUGCCUCAUACACAGUCCAGGAUCCAACAGGGAAGCAACUCAAGAUUCAGCUGGUGCCCAUUCCACAGCCUGUCAUAGAAAUACCAGGCCGAGUGAGUCCUGCAACCAUGGAGCUGGUGUUCUAUGCCAAAGAUCUCCCUCCACUUGGGUUCCGGUCUUAUUAUAUCAGCGGAAGCAAUCACAUCCAUCAUACCAGCAAGUAUAAGAUUCAUCCUGGGAGGGAUGUCAUUCUUGGUAACACGAAAUUCAAUGCUGUGCUGGAUUGGGAGACUGGCUCAUUGAAGUCUAUGGUCCUGGAUCGCACUAAGUUUUCUGUCUCUCAGGAUUUCUACUACUACAAAGGCUACAUUGGGGACAAUAAAGAGUUUGUAAACAGGUCAUCUGGAGCUUACAUCUUUAGGCCAAAUGGAUCUGAGGCACUGUCAGUGAGCUCAACAAAGAAAUCAAGUACUUACAAAGGUGAUCUUGUGGAUGAGACACACAUAAAGUGGUCAGACUGGUUGAGUCAAGUAGUCCGUUAUUACAAGGAAGAUACAUAUCAUGUGGAGAUGGAAUGGCUGGCUGGACCAAUCCCUGUUGAUGAUAAUGUGGGAAAGGAAAUAAUAAGUCGUUUUAAAUCAGACUUGCUGUCUGAUGGUCUUUUCUACACCGAUUCUAAUGGACGUGAGAUGCUGGAACGAAAACGCAACUUCCGUCCGACAUGGUCUGUGAAUAUUAAGGAACCUGUAUCAGCAAAUUAUUACCCUGUAACAUCUAGAAUCACACUGAGAGAUGGAGAUAAGGAAUUUUCCAUUCUGACAGACAGAGCCCAGGGAGGCACCAGUCUUAAUAAUGGGGAGGUGGAACUCAUGGUCCACCGCCGACUGUUGCAUGAUGAUGCAUUUGGUGUAAGUGAGGCCCUCAAUGAGACUGCGUUUGGUCAUGGUCUCGUUGCAAUAGGAAAGCACUGGCUUACUGGUGGAAAUAUUUCCUCUGGCACUGCAGCCCAAAGAACACGCAGUCUGCAACAGCAAGUGUUGCUAUCUCCAUGGCUUUUCUUCACUCCAGCUGACAAUAUCAGCUUCACAGAAUGGGUCAGUCACUAUAAGAUGGAGUUCUCUGGUCUGAACCAAGAGCUGCCAGAGAAUGUUCACAUCCUAACACUAGAACCAUGGAAGGCUCAUUCUUUCCUCCUUCGCCUUGAGCACAUUUAUGAGAGGAAUGAGCACCCUGUGUUCUCUAAGCCAGCCACUGUCAACCUUAAGAAUUUAUUCAAGCCAUUCUCCAUUGUGAUGGCUCGGGAGACUACAUUGGGAGGUAACCAGUGGUUAUCUGAAUCACAUAGGUUUAAGUGGCAGUCAGAAAAUGAUAUCAAUUUUACUCUUGAAGAUGAUGAAGAUUCAUCAAAAGAGGAUAAGGAUGCCUUGACCAUCACACUGGGCCCCAUGCAGAUACGCACCUUCAUCAUUGAAGUUAAUUUCUUGCAGUAGUAGCUUGUCAGCCGUUAUUACAUAUUGUUUUAUAUGCUCAUGGAAAUGUGCAAUACAUUUCAAACCAAUUUUAUUUAGCAAACUUGUAGUAUGCUGUAUUAUAUUCUUAUUUCAUAUGAUACAGCUUUCGGUCCAUUCUGAAGGGUCACUACUUUCUACAAAGCUACAUCCAUGUAUCAUUCCUUGAUAACUAGAGACCUCUCGUAUAUAAGAUUCUUCUCAGUAUGUACCAAUUUAACUAUGGCUGUUCUUGGCAGCGUGUAAUCAACACUUGUGUUCAGUUUUAUAAACCAUAUUCAGUAACAGGUCAGUGGAAAUAAUUGGUGGUUACCUUUUUUUUUUUUUUACAUUGUUUGAUUUGUUAUAACAUGAACUGUUAUGCACAAUAUGUUAAAUAAA